AUGGGCCUCACGUUCGACAACUUGGACCAGGACGCCGGCCUGAAGAAGCUCAAUGGGUUCCUCACGAACCGCAGCUACAUUGAGGGUUUCCAGUUCAGCUCGGCCGAUGCCGCGCUGUUCCAGCAGUUCUCGAGCGUGCCAGACCCAGCCAAGUAUGCGAAUGUGUACCGUUGGUACGUGCACACGGCGGCCAAGUUGGGCCUGCGCUCGAUCCUGAAGCCGGCGCAGAGCGGUCCGUCUGCUGGUGCUGCAAAGGCGGUCAAGAAGGCCGACAAAGAGGAGGAAGAAGACGAUGAGGACGACGACCUCUUUGGGGACGACGACGACGAGGACGACGAGGCGACGAAAGCGCUGGCGGCGAAGCGCGCCGAGGCGGCGAAAGGUGCCAAGAAGGAGAAGAAGAAGCCCGUGGAGCGCUCGCAGGUGGUGAUUGAGGUGAAGCCGUGGGAGGCCGAGACGGACCUGGAAGAGCUGGCUGCAAAGAUCAAGGCCCUCCCAGUGGAAGGCUUGACGUGGGGCGAGGGCCACAAGUUGGUGCCUGUGGCCUUUGGCAUCAAGAAGCUACUGGUGCAGUGCAUCAUUAUUGACGACAUGGUGCUGCUGGAUGACAUUACCGACGCGAUCCAGAGCUUUGAGGACUAUGUGCAGUCGGUGGAUGUGGCGUCGAUGAACAAGGUGUAA